AGCCGUCAGUGGUAAACCUCUCUACUAGUCUCGCCAGUUAAACGAGAUCCAGUGCGCGAGUGUUAAAUCGCGACGUCAUUGUCGUCGCAUUCCGCGUUUUCGCUACGCUCUCGUAAACGUGCUGAAGCUCGUUCGACGGUGCUGGCUUCCGAAUAAAGGCUUUCAUCGAUUCGUCCGGUCCGUCAACGACGCGCCGUCGCGAACGGAAUCUCGCAACAGCGCGAGAAUUGAAGCACGCGGACAUUUCGAGAGCGCGCUCGAGAGGAACGUCGGCUCGGCCGCUCGUCACUCUCCCGCGAAGGUGGAACGACGAGAGGAGAGGAAAGGCUAGGAGACUACGAGAGGAGAGGAGAGGUGGUAUUCCCGUGUUUCACGAGAGAAACAGCGGCUAUCAGUCGCUGAGCGCGAACCGACAAGUGAGUUGGUAGUUUCGCGCGCGCGCGCGCGUGCGAUAUCGAUUCGGCAGAACGCAUUCGCAGCGUGUUAUUUGCGUCGCGAGUGAUGCAGCUGACAAGAGUGUGAUUGAUUAUUAGCGACAUCGACAUCAUCGGGGAAGCAAUAUCCUCGGGACGACGUAGUGCGCGGUAUAGUUCGGAGCGUAAACUCGAUGCGUGAGUCGCAGCGAUCUCUCGAGAAAAACAGACGAGGGGCAGAGAGAGAGAGAGAGAGAGAGAGAGAGAGAGAGAGAGAGAGAGAGAGAGAGAGAGAGAGAGAGAGAGAGAGAGAGAGAGAAUAGAAUAAACAGACGGAUUGUCAAACAGACGGACAAUCGUGUCCGGUGCACCCACGUGACGAACGAAGUGCCGUUCGCGCGCGAAGGUGUCAUUUUGCGAGGUUGCGGUAACGCAGGAGAUUCUGCGUGCGGUGACACAGGAGCUUCUCUCUUACAGUAGAACGAGAGAGAGAGAGAGAGAGAGAGAGAGAGAGAGAGAGAGAGAGAGAGAGAGAGGGAGGAAGAGAGAAGGAACGAUACGAUCGAUGUUCACGUGACAAUCAACAACGUGGAGUGAAGUUGUCGCGAGAGGGUGCGCGGACAACGGCCAUAUUCAAGGCGAGCCGUCGCUCCGGGUAGGCAUCGUCGAAAAAACUGUCUCGCGGCAAUCCAUCCGGACGUAGGCUGCUCGUGCGCGAAGUACGCGAGGUGACGACGACGAGGACGACGAGCGGGGCUGUCAGAAGGAGAACGAGAACGAGAAGGAGAAGACGAGGAGGCGGACGGUCCGAGUGGUAAUAGCGACCCUGUCACAUCGAGAUGGAGUUCAAGUUCAACGUAAAUAAACUCUUGCCCAGAAAGAUCAACAAGGUCACGCACAAUCUGAUGCCGGAAGAUUUCAAAGGCGAUCGUCGCGAGCUCAACGAAUGUCAAAGACAGUUGAGCAGAAUACUGGAUGACAUGGGCGAGGCAUCGGCGAGGGCUCAAGGCCUCAACAAACCCAUCACCAGUGCCCUGAAGCUCCGUGACACGGAUCACACGGUUUACCUGCUCGUGGAUAACGAGGCAAACAACGGUCUAGGUUGCGUGGUGGGUUUGCUGAAGACAGGAUCGAAGAAUCUGUUUCUCUUCGACGAGACGGGGGUGCAUUAUCAGCUGCAGGCGAGGUGCAUCUUGGACUUCUACGUACACGAGUCGCGGCAACGUAUGGGUCUGGGCAAUAUCCUCUAUCAACACAUGUUAUCCGAGGAAAAUAUCAGGCCGGUGAAAUUGGCUAUCGACCGACCGUCGGAGAAGUUCCUGGCUUUCCUGCGCAAGUACUACGGGCUCUCAAAGAUCGUUCCCCAGAAUAAUAAAUUCGUCGUCUUCGAGGGAUUCUUCGAUGACGAAAAUCGAGACGUAAGAAGCAACAGAUACAGUCUACCUCCUCGAGCGAGCUUGGACGACGGGACGCCAAGCAGCAAUAACAACAAUAACAUUAACGGUGCCAGGUUCAACGGGGACCCGUACGUGCCGGCCGUUUCGCGCAGCUCGUUCGGCAGAUAUGCCGCGGCGCGACCACCUUGUUCUAUGGCAAAUAUAAUCCAUAACACAGCGAUACUUGGUCAGUCAGCCGAGCGCACCGGCAAUGAGAGUGGCAGCGCGUCAUCGCCGCCGCAGCAGCUUCCAACAGCUUCGCCGGCGCCGUUGAAGCUGGAACGACCGCGUUCCUUGAGCCUCUAUUCCGAGGAGGAGCAGAAGCAACGCAGCAUCGAGAUGACCACAGUGCCGACGCCCGUUGUGCCGGAUAGCCAGCCAUUCGUCCCGAUCCUGCUAGAGGCCGAGAAGACGGAGAAAAACGUGAAGCCUUCGCCAUCGUGCGGCCAAGAGGUUACCGGCACUAAUCAACAUGGGCACUUGGAUCUCAAGUUCUACCAUUCACCCUUGUGGUGAAACUGCUCGUCUGAUAUUCUUCUGCGGGCGAGCUGCUCGUUUCGCAGGCGGAUCAAGUCGAGUCGAGUUAAUGUUAAGCUCGGUUGACGCAAUUUUCUUUUCCUCGCCUGUAGGUAGAAGCGUAAAAGAACCACGGAAGUGGGAGAUGCAACCGCUAACUCAGGAUAAAGACUUGUUAGUCCGCGGACCAUUGCGCGCUGAUCACAACUCGGACGAUUGUAGUCCGAGCCAGAGAAUGUGUCGUCUUAUUUUGAUCUUGAUGUGGGAAGAAACGACAAUGUCAUUUCGUGUCCUGCGAGAAAUUGAACAUGGGUCAAGAAGGAUUAAGGAGAAGUUUUAUUCGUUGUAAACUCUGUUUCUUCGUUUCCUUGCGUUUUUAGAUGCAAGAUCGUUCCUUUAAUUCUCUCUGUAAGAAAGUAAUUGCAGACUAAUAUUUCUCUCCAGAUAACGUAAAUGUCCAAAGGACAUCCUGCUCAUUUCGGGCGUCUCUGGGUUUAUUUUACACACUUGUAUUGUCGCGAUCAAGAAAACUGGGUUAGUUAGUUUCUUGUUGCCCCAUGGCGAAAGAACAAACGCGUAUUGCGACUAAAGGUACGAAGAAAUCCAGAAAAACAUCAGACAGAAAGAUAUCCAAGUAUUUAACGACUCAUUCUUGAUUUCAAAGAUAUAGCGAUUACUCUCACCGAUUGAGUACCCACGUUGAAAUUUUUUUAAUCUACUUGGGUGAGUGCGUGUGUGUUGUGUGUGUAUAUGUGCGUGUGUGCGCGCGGAUAACUUAUAUCAGAAUAUACCCCACGAAAACAGAAACGUUGUAUCCACGUGAAAUCCAUGUGUAGAUUCCACGUGAACGCAACGUGCGUUCCACGUGGAUUCAAUGUACGUUUUAGUGGGGUACUUGGCAUGUGGCUGGCACGAAUUACAUGCUCAUAUCUGUUCGGGGAAUAAAUUAAUAAACACGAAUAUAAAGCCAACGCUGAGAAACGAUGAAUAUUGAUCGAUUGUUGCCGUGUUUUGCGGGAGGGUGAAUACAGUCGCCCCAUAUAGAGGAUAGUUCUAGAUUAUCCUAUUAUGAAGGGACCUUGUAUAACAAUAUGUAGCGUAAACUUUUAUGGCUUUUGCAAUUUUACGUCGAGACAAUAGCUCUGUGGAUUUUUUUUCUUUUUCAAUUAAAUGUAAACUAUGUAAGAAGUUACAAAUGGAUGAAGCAUACGGAUCUUUUCGCGUAGUUUCGUCGGGAGAAUUCAUCGCGCAUUUAUUCCCCACUUGUGACGAACUGUUUACAUGUCGGUAGAAUUAAGUUAGCAUAUGUAUGUACAAUAAAUUAUAGACAGAAACAAUGGCACAAUGACACGUAAAAUGUAGACACGGUGAUUAUCUUACUGUACAGAACGUCUAUGAAUUCGCGAGAAGUGCAUUCACGCGUGCGGCGCUUCUCUUCUUGUACAU